GAAAUCCUAGGCAGCCGUCUCCCACUUCGCGUUCACAGGGAGCUCUUACGCCUUCUCCCACUUCAUCAGGUUGAAAAAUGGCUGUCCCAUUGCUUGACAAAAAGAUCGUGAAGAAGCGUGUCAAGAAGUUCAAGAGGCCACAAUGUGACAGAUACAUUUCUAUCAAAGAAAACUGGAGGAGGCCCAAGGGUAUCGAUUCUCGUGUGCGUAGAAAAUUCAAGGGAUGCACUCUCAUGCCAAACAUCGGUUAUGGUUCUGAAAAGAAGACCCGCCAUUAUCUGCCUAAUGGUUUUAAAAAGUUUGUUGUGCAUAAUGCCAAGGAGUUGGAACUUUUGAUGAUGCACAACAGGACUUACUGUGCAGAGAUUGCACACAAUGUGUCUACCAAGAAAAGGAAGGAAAUAGUCGAACGU